GGGGGAAAAUCAUUAAGAAACGUGGAGAGUUGCCUAAAACGCAGAUCAUCUUCUUCCGACUUCCGUUCCUUGAUUUACUUUUCCAAGCUUCUCAUCCAUUCAAAUCUUUGACUUUUUUCUGAAACCCGCUAGUUGUAUAUAUAUAUUAAUUCUUUGCGCCUUUGGAUCACGGACAUUAAUUUAGUUGUUUGACAUCCCGCAUAAUAGAGAAAAUGAGGGCCGGCGACGGAAGAGGAGGUCAUUGGGAAAACAACUCUGACGACGCAGAGAGCUUUGGAAACGACAGAAGAAGAGCAUUUAGCGGCCCUCUCGGAGCACCUCGUCAGUUUCUCAAAAACGACAGCAGAAAGAGCGCCAGGUUCAAUCUACCUGACGACCGCCUCCUAACAACCACCACUAACGCCGCCAGCGAUGUCGACGAUGGCUACGUGGAGAUCACUCUGGAUAUCCGCGAUGACUCCGUUGCGGUUCACAGCGUUCAGACGGCGACAGAAGAUCCGGAGCUGGCUUUGUUGGCCAAGAGGACGCUCGAGAAGAAGUCUUCUUCGUCAUUACUCCGGAACACCUCCGCCCACAUCCGGCAGGUCUCGCAGGAGCUCAAACGUUUCGCUUCCCACUCCAUGAGAUCGUCCGCUGCUAGACGUUUCGACCGGACCAAGUCCGCUGCCACCCAUGCCUUGAAGGGCCUCAAGUUCAUCACCACCAAGACCGGCGGCACUGCUGCGGGCUGGCCAGCCAUCGAGAAGCGAUUCCACGACCUCACGGCUUCUACCGACGGACUCCUUCCCUCUUCAUUGUUCGGCGAGUGCAUAGGAAUGAACAAGGAGUCAAAGGAGUUCGCAGGUGAGCUUUUCCGAGCACUCGCAAGGAGGCACAACGUAAGUGGCGAUUCAAUUAACAAGCAACAGCUCAAAGACUUCUGGGAUCAAAUCUCUGACGAAAGCUUCGACUCCAGGCUCCAAACUUUCUUUGACAUGGUAGACAGAGACGCGGAUGGAAGAAUCGCAGAAGAAGAAGUCGCAGAGAUUAUCAGCCUCAGUGCUUCUACAAACAAACUGUCCACUAUUCAGAAACAAGCCAAGGAAUAUGCAGCAUUGAUUAUGGAAGAAUUAGACCCAGACAAUGCCGGAUACAUCAUGAUAUACAACCUGGAAACACUGCUAUUACAAGCUCCAAACCAAUCUGUAAGGAUAAGUGAUAGCCGAAUUCUGAGUCAAAUGCUGAGCCAGAAGCUGAAGCCCACACAGGAGAACAACCCGCUAAGAAGAUUGUAUCAGAAGAUGAAGUACUUUGUAAUGGAUAAUUGGCAAAGGGUGUGGGUAAUGAUGCUAUGGCUUGGGAUCGUGUUGGGUCUGUUUGCCUACAAGUUUGUGCAGUAUCGAAACAAGGCGGUUUUCCAUGUGAUGGGCUAUUGCGUUUGCGUUGCAAAAGGAGGGGCAGAGACCCUUAAAUUCAACAUGGCUCUCAUAUUACUACCUGUCUGCCGGAACACAAUCACUUGGCUCAGAAACAAAACCAGAUUAGGGGUCGCAGUUCCCUUUGAUGACAAUCUAAAUUUCCAUAAGGUGAUUGCAGGCGCAAUUGCCAUCGGGGUAGGACUACACGCCAUAUCUCACUUAACAUGUGAUUUCCCACGACUUCUUCACGCAACCGACGAGGAGUACAAGCCUAUGAAACCUUUCUUCGGAGAAGAAAGGCCUCCUAACUACUGGUGGUUUGUGAAGGGAGUGGAGGGGUGGACAGGUAUAAUAAUGGUAGUCUUGAUGGCAAUAGCUUUCACGCUAGCCACCCCUUGGUUUAGGCGAAACAAGCUCAACCUACCCAAGUCCCUCAAAAAGAUUACCGGUUUCAAUGCCUUCUGGUAUUCCCACCACCUUUUUGUCGUCGUCUACACUCUUCUCAUCGUCCAUGGCAUAAAGCUCUACCUCACUAAAAAAUGGUAUCAGAAAACGACAUGGAUGUAUUUGGCGGUGCCUGUAUUGCUAUAUGCGUGUGAAAGGUUGAUUAGAGCUUUUAGAUCCAGCAUCAAGCCAGUUAAGAUUCUAAAGGUUGCUGUUUAUCCGGGAAAUGUACUGGGAUUGCACAUGUCAAAGCCUCAGGGUUUUAGAUACAAGAGUGGGCAGUAUAUGUUUGUCAACUGCGCUGCGGUUUCUCCCUUCGAAUGGCACCCAUUUUCCAUUACUUCAGCACCGGGAGAUGAUUUCCUAAGUGUUCACAUUCGCACGCUUGGUGAUUGGACGCGGCAGCUCAAAACUGUUUUCUCUGAGGUGUGUCAGCCUCCAUCUGCUGGGAAGAGCGGACUCCUUAGAGCUGAUUUCAUGCAAGGAGGAAACAACCCCAGCUUUCCCAAGAUUCUGAUAGACGGUCCAUAUGGAGCUCCAGCACAAGACUACAAGAAAUACGAUGUGGUGUUGCUAGUGGGGCUUGGGAUCGGGGCCACUCCUAUGAUCAGCAUCGUCAAGGACAUCAUUCACAACAUUAAGAUAAAGGAAAAGGAAGAGCAAGAUUCGACGGUUGAGGGUGCUUUAGAGAGUGGAAUAGCUAACUCAUCAACUCCCAACAACAACAACAACAAGAACAAGAGCAACAGAGGAUUUAGGACGAGGAAAGCCUAUUACUAUUGGGUGACUAGAGAACAGGGCUCCUUCGAGUGGUUCAAAGGUAUAAUGAAUGAGGUUGCGGAGAUGGAUGAGCAAGCCAUGAUAGAACUUCACAACUACUGCACCAGUGUGUACGAAGAAGGAGACGCCAGAUCAGCACUAAUAGCUAUGCUUCAGUCGCUCCACCAUGCCAAAAAUGGUGUGGACGUGGUGUCCGGCACUCGAGUCAAAUCCCACUUCGCCAAACCCAAUUGGCGCCAGGUCUACAAGAAGAUUGCACUCCACCACCCGAAUACCCGAGUUGGAGUCUUCUACUGUGGGGCACCGGCACUAACAAAGGAGCUAAAGCAACUAGCUUUGGAUUUCUCUCACAGGACCUCCACUAAAUUUGAGUUUCACAAAGAGAACUUUUAAAAGAUAAAAAGAAUGAAGAUGGUGGAUACAUGGAUAUCCUUUUUUUGAGUAUAGGCUUGAAGGGGUUUAAUUAUUGUACAAGAAAAACUUACAGGAGAUGAUGAGCACUUGAUUAGGCCACGCUACCCCAACGAAGGCGAGGGUAAUAGGCAACAAAAGGUCGAUCGGUCCAUGGCGGGACAUUAUAUAUUCCGUAUAGAGAUUUUUUUUUUUUUUUUCCUUUAACGUUUGCCUGAUUUUUUGUUGCAUGUGUAUACAAAGCGUAUCCUAUCCUUUAGUAGGAUAUCACCCUUCAUCACUUGAUUCUUGUAGUAAAGUUAUUGUAUUGAUUAACACUUUUGAGUCUCAAGGACAACUUGGUGUUGGUCGUUGUAAAAAAUAUCUCAUUGUCAGCAAAAGUCAAACUUUUCCUCU